AUGUCUAUACAAUCGCUCGGAAACCCAAAUAUCAUUUAUGAGGACCUUCCCAAGGUGCCUUCGUUGGCGAAAGCUCACGGCUCUCUCAUGGGCCUCGCAUUUGUCGUCAUUUUCCCCAUCGGCGCCGUCUUGAUCCGCGUGGUCAGAACGAAGAAUGCUAUUUGGAUCCAUACCACCUGCCAGUUCGUUGGAUGGGUUCUCAUGAUCGGCGGACUCGCCUGUGGGAUCAAAAUGGGAAAGAUACUGGACCGAUUGCACAACAACACGCAUACUAUCCUUGGUACGGUGGUCGUCGCUCUCAUGCUUCUCCAACCCUUUCUCGGAUAUAUCCAUCAUCGCCGAUACCUUUCAACUCAGAAAAGGACAGUCUGGACCCACUUCCACGUGUGGUACGGGCGUGUGCUCAUCCUUCUGGGCAUCGUCAAUGGGGGACUUGGCCUGAAGCUAUCUAGUGACUCGCCUGCGUACAGCAGGGCCGGCACCAUUGGCUAUUCUGUAUUGGCUGGUAUCAUGGGUGCUGUCGUAAUUGGUCUGGUUAUAUUGGGCGGAGUGAAGACAGUGCGACAGAAGAAGAGUGAUGGAACCGACAUCCUUGAGAUGAUGCUUCUGGCGGACGCUAUUUGCAUUGGUCCUGACAACGUGACCAGUGGUCUCGUCGUCUAUCCCAAGCGCAUCGCAGCUCACGUUCAGACUGAACUACCCUUCAUGCUGACGGGUAAACUAAAUGACCUGGUAUCUCGGAUCAAGCGCAACCAAUUUUUCGAGCCCAUCUGGGAUGACCUCGAUGGCAUGCUCAACGCAGAGCUCUACACGGACCGUAGCGCGGAGAUUGUCGAUAAGUAA